GGCUGUCUAAAUAUUAUUCAAAGAAGUAGUAUCUAACCUUUUUCAAAAUAACAAUUGUGUGAAGUGCAAUAUAAUAUUCUGUCUGAAUAUAUAUUUUUAUGAGGAUAUUUGAUAAGUAAUAUAAUUAUAAUCAUUUAUGUAUUUGUUUGAAUACAAUACAUAAAAUUAUCCUGACAGCCCUGCGUUCUCUUAAGCGAACAGCUGUUCAUAGAGGACGUAAACAAUCCGAUUUUGAAUCGGAAUUACCUUAGAAAUAACACCCCGGAAACCGCACAACCCCCAUCAAAAUGUCCGGCAAGGACGAUCGAUCGAAGGAAAAGCGCAGGAACAUGAAGCAGUACAAUCAUCAUCAUAAAAAGGAUCAAGGACGAUCCACAACCUCGUCGGGUUCUCCGCCGCCCACCUCACGUCGCAGUAUGGUAGAUGUGGCAGAUUCAAGUGAUGAGCCAAGGUUUGCCAGGCGUGGCAAUUGGCAGUCUGGUGGCGGAGGAGGAGGUCGUUCCUCAUUGCCUCCGCAAAGGAAUAGGGAUUUGCUGGAAACCCUGCCUAGCGACUCCGAUUAUGUAGCGGAAUUGGGUCUGGAUGGCGCACCAAUCGAUGAGAAUGCCCGUGCCCAGCUACGGGCAGGUGACUUUCAGCAGUUGGCCCAGUUUUCCACUCUCGGCGGCGGACACUUCACUUUCGGUUCGGAACGUGAGUGGGCCAAUGUAGCUGAAGGCCAGACCAAGCUAAACACUAAGGCGGCCAGUGGUUACUUUACUUUGAACCUAUCACGCUUAAAUGCAGGACUGCAAACGAUUCCAUUCUACAAGCGUAUGGAUUACCCCGCUUCGUUUUUCACUAAGGCUCAAAUUGUCGCCCAAGAAGAGGCCGCUGAACGGGCCGAGACUACUUACCAGCAGCGAAUCCUAAAGGAUUCCAAUGGCAUCUCCAAAUCCCGAGCGGCGUCAGCAAAAUCGAAUAAAGAUGCAGCUCCCGCAGCAGCAGAGAAACCAGCUACUGCUGUUCCAGGUGCUGAAGUCGAUGAACUCGACGAGCUCUUGGCCAUGACCAAUACACAACUAGACAUUGGUUCCAGCGUUGGACCCAUCACUAUGCCCAUGCCUAUGCCCAUGGUGCAACCAGCCACUCCUUCCUCGGCAGCCAGCAAGAACGAUGUGGAGCAGUGGCUUGAUUCUGUUUUAGAUGAGUAAAUCUUUAGGCCAUGUUUUCAGGAGAAUUGAGAAGACCUAGUACUAGUACUAGAGCACUUACCGGAUAAUUUCCAGAGCAUUUUGAACUCGUUACGCUUACAAAAUACAUAUAUCGAAAUCACAAAGUGCUUGCUUUUAAAAUUAAAAUAUCACUAACACCUUUAUAUCAAAAGGUAGAACUUUUUUAUGGUAUACAUUAAAACAGCAAAUGCUUUGCUUAAGCACAAA